AUGGCAGAAGAUGCUGAUAUGCGCAAUGAGCUAGAAGAAAUGCAGCAGCGGGCUGAUCAGAUGACAGAUGAGUCCCUUGAAAGCACCCGUCGUAUGCUGCAACUUGUUGAAGAGAGCAAGGAUGCUGGUAUCAGGACCUUGGUUAUGUUGGAUGAGCAAGGAGAACAACUGGAACGCAUCGAAGAGGGAAUGGACCAAAUCAAUAAGGACAUGAAAGAAGCAGAAAAGAAUUUGACGGACCUAGGAAAAUUCUGUGGUCUUUGUGCCUGUCCUUGUAACAAGCUUAAAUCAAGUGAUGCUUACAAAAAAGCCUGGGGCAACAAUCAAGAUGGAGUUGUAGCUAGCCAGCCUGCCCGUGUUGUGGAUGAACGAGAACAGAUGGCCAUCAGUGGUGGAUUUAUUCGCAGGGUAACAAAUGAUGCCCGAGAAGGUGAGAUGGAUGAAAACCUGGAACAGGUCGGCGGCAUCAUUGGAAACCUCCGUCACAUGGCUCUAGAUAUGGGCAAUGAGAUUGAUACACAGAAUCGCCAAAUGGACAGGAUCAUGGAGAAGGCUGUUUCCAACAAAAACAGGAUUGAUGAAGCCAAUCAACGUGCAACAAAGAUGCUGGGCAGCAGUUAA